CUAUAUCUCCCUCGUACCCCCUCUCCGCUCUCUCUAUUUAUUGCGCAUAUGCACAAUCUCGCAUACAGUCGCAUACCCGCGCUCGCCCGUUCACACACACACGUGCGCGCGCUUGCGCGCACGCACGCACACGUUACACAUAGCAUACACCUUUUCUGUCUUGACUUGUAGUAUACUGUAUGAUGGUACGGGGAGAAAAUGAAGAGAAAUCGUCGUUGUCGCUUCAGCCGAUCAUGAAGAAGAUCGAGGAGGCGCCGGUCAACGGCAAUAGACAGCAAACAGCUGCGACGAUGUCUUCGGGCUGCUCGAUGACGUCCUUGAAGAGCAACAGUAGCAGCAGCUCAGACGUCGUCGCAAAGGACAACAACAAUGCAGAUCCCUGUUGGGACAGUCUGCCCAGUGUCAUUCUCCUCGAGAUCUUCUCGUAUUUGCCACAAGAAAGUCGGAUUCAAGCCUCGCAAGUCUGCAGAUACUGGAGAUAUGCAUUAUUUCAUCCCAGUUUUUGGAAGAAAAUCACAUUUACUCUAAUGGAUAACGACAGUAUUUUAUGGUCAAGGUGUCUAUCGAGUUGGUUUAAAUUCAGUGUGCAAGAUGUAACGAUUCGUUGCGAAUCCGCCAAUAAUUAUGUACGAGAAGCAUUAUUUGUUUUGAAAAAGUUGAGCGGUAACAGGCAACUUCGGAAGGUUUUUUUAGAACCAAUCAGAUGUAUGUUCGAAUACCCCACUCAAGAGGUGAAUAGUAAGAAAUUAUUAAAGCAGCUGUUAAACAUAAUGGAAACUUCAAAUUGUCUCGAAGCGCUAAGCCUGGGUUGCAUCGAAGAGUUGACCGAAGAUUUGACAGUUAUUUUAGAACCUCUUAAACACAAUCAUGCCAAUCACUUAACUCAUUUGAGUUUGGCCUCGAUCAAAGAUGAUCCCGAACACUAUAAUUUCUUGGAAUUAGAUCAUUCUUUAUUUAAUAGCUUUGCAAGACUGUCCAUAUUAAGUAUUGACUAUGAUCACGUUAUAGAUAAUUUGCUGCAAGCUUUGAAUAGUGGAACGAUGGAAAGAUUAGUUAUACACGUACAUGGCUGGAGCGGAGAGUAUGUUGGAACAAGCAAUAAUGCAUGGAUAGCUUUUACACAAAAAAAUCCUCGAUGUGAAUUACGCUUGAAUCUCAUUCACUCUUACAGUGCAGUGAGAGUGUUGGAUAGUGAAAUUUUACAAUCAGCGAUGCCUUUGACUCACUUAAAAGUACUGUUUUGCGAACGUGUCAAUGUUACGGCAUUUCAAAUUAUUUCUGACUGGUACUCCAGUACUUUGAAGUCGCUUAUUUGGAUUGACUCCUUUAAUUAUCAUCAAAAUCAUUUCAAUUCUGUGUAUAAUUUUGGUGAUUUAAAUAAUCCCGAUCCUUUAGUAUUAGCCGCUUGGAAAUGCAAAAAUUUAAGUGAAAUAGUGUUUAUAGGGCAUGAAUAUUUUUUAAUUAAUUUAGCAGCUAUCGUGCGUUUGAGGCAUAAUACUUUGAAAAGAUUUGAGUUCGCAGAAAGCGAUAUUGUUUCUGAACAAUCUUGGAUGGAGCAUAAGGCAAUUAUAAAUGAAGUUAAAGAAGUGAUGGGUAAGCAAUGGAAACUUUUGAGCGACGAAGAGCUUCCGAAAGUUGUGAUACAUUCUUUGAGCGGUGAUAGUAGAGAAGUAAUAAUGCCAAUGGUUCUUCGGGAUCAAAAGUAGCUCGUGUCCAUGAGAAUUUUAAAAUUUAAGCAAUCUCACACAAAUACCAUCCAUCAUCAAUAGUCUUUUCUGGUGAAACCUAUUCUCAGAAGUAUGAGCGUAAUAUCACAUAAGUUCAUCCCAAAAAACUUCUCAAUGGUAAUAAAAUCGGAGAUAAACUGUUGUACAUACAAUUAAAUGAGCUAUCUGGUUCCUCGACGAGUCCCUAUUGUUGAAUAUUAACGAAACAAUGUAGUAAUAAUAAAGAAAAAAAAAGUACAUCUGGACUACAGGACUAACAGAGUCUUUUGUGACAAACACCCAAUAUACAGGGUAAACAAUGUACAGUUCGAUGAUACCGCAUAAAAAGCAGAGAAACACAACAUAGAUUCGUCGGG